GCAGGGAUGCACUCCCACGCCUGCGCAAUCCGACCAAGAUGGCGGCGGCGGCGGCGGCCCGCCUGGGCCCGGGAACUGCGGCAGCUGCCUGGGGGCUGCGCAGGCGGUUCUGUCAUCUGAUGGCUCUAAACACCAUUAAGAAACAGUCUCUGCAUCAGUUUAGACAGAGGCCACUUCUCCCACGACCUGAAGCCUUACGCCACACAGUGAGAUACAUGUUUAUUCAAACACAAGACACUCCAAAUCCCAACAGCUUAAAGUUUAUUCCAGGAAAACCAGUUCUUGAGACGAGGACUAUGGAUUUUCCCACCCCAGCUACAGCAUUUCGCUCCCCUCUGGCUAGGCAGUUAUUUAGGAUUGAAGGAGUUAAAAGUGUUUUCUUUGGGCCAGAUUUCAUCACUGUCACAAAGGAAAGUGAAGAGCUAGACUGGAAUUUACUGAAGCCAGAUAUUUAUGCAACAAUCAUGGACUUUUUUGCAUCUGGUUUACCCUUAGUUACUGAGGAAACACCUUCCGGAGAAGCAGCAUCUGAAGAGGAUGAUGAAGUUGUGGCAAUGAUAAAGGAAUUGUUAGAUACUAGAAUACGGCCGACCGUGCAGGAAGAUGGAGGAGAUGUAAUCUAUAAAGGCUUUGAGGAUGGCAUUGUACAACUGAAACUCCAGGGUUCAUGUACCAGCUGCCCCAGUUCAAUCAUCACUCUGAAAAAUGGCAUUCAGAACAUGCUGCAGUUUUAUAUCCCAGAAGUAGAAGGUGUAGAACAGGUUAUGGACGAUGAAACAGAUGAAAAAGAAGCAAAUUCACCUUAAAAUUCAUCAUUUGAAUUUUCUUUGGGCCCAGCGUUGGACUUGGACAAUAUAUACCAACUUUUAUUAGUAAUAUUAGGAUUAAUAAAAUAUGCUCUUUACUUGAGAA